CCGGUCCUCGAAUCUUGCAAGAGCUGCUCGCAAAGCAGGAUGUCGUCCCUGCACAAGCUGGCGAUUCGAGGGAUACGUUCUUUUGAUGACAAACAAGUUGCUGUCAUCGAAUUCUUCUCUCCUGUCACCGUCAUUGUGGGGCAGAACGGUACGGGAAAGACGACGAUCAUCGAGUGCUUGAAGUAUGCAACGACGGGCGACCAGCCACCUAAUACGCGUGGUGGUGCCUUCAUUCAUGAUCCAAAAUGGCCAAUGAGAAGGAGGUCAAGGCUCAGGUCCGAUUGCGGUUCAUCGCUGCCAAUGGAGCAAAAAUGGUUGCUCUCCGAAAUCUCAGUGUGACCGUGAAGAAGACGGGGCUCACGAUGAAGACGUUGGAAAGCGUUCUCGCACUCGAGAACAAUAAGGAAACCAGUGGCAAGCGCGCCGUCAUUUCGACGAAAUGUGCCGAACUCGACGCGGAGAUACCUCAAUUACUUGGAGUGUCCAAGGCAGUUCUAGAGAAUGUCAUUUUCUGCCAUCAGGAGGACUCCUACUGGCCACUGGCCGAGCCUGCUGCGUUGAAGAAGAAAUUCGACGACAUCUUCGAGGCUACAAAGUAUACCAAGGCCCUCGACUCCAUCAAGUCCCUUAGGAAGGAUCGCGUUGCCGAGCUCAAAGCAGAGAAAGAGCGGCUCGAGGGUCUUUCGCGCGAAAAGGCGCACUCCGACAAACUGAAGACACGCGUUGCAGAUCUGAACAAAGAAUCCGCCAACCAGUUCCGCGACGUGUAUCAGAGAGUGGAGAGCCUUGAGGAAAGCAAGUCUCGGGCCCAGGCUGAUUUGCAGGAGGCGCGCAUCAAUCUACAGGAACUUCCUGGCACCGACGAGGAGCUGGAGGCCAAACUGAACAACUCAGACAGCGAUCUAAUGAAGCAGCGCCACAAACUUGAGGCCGAGAAGCGAAAGGCGGAAAACGUGGAAAAUGAGCUCAGCGGUGCCCGGAAACAGUACACCGAACUGGCGCAGCAAGUAGGCAUUUUCAAAUCCGAAUUUGAUGCUCAACAAACCCGCCUAGUGGAACGAGAGCAAACGAUUCACGACAUCAGCGACAAAUUCAAGAUCAAAGGCUUUAGUUCUUCGGGCUUAGAGGCUGCCAAGAUCGUCGAGUUUACAAAUAAGAUUCAAGACCUGAGUCGCAAACAGCGUAAAACCGCUGAGGAUCUCAAACGUGACAGGAGAGCGAAGGAGGACGAAUUCAAGUCCAAGUCGGCUGAACUAACCGACUCGCUGAAUGCCUCGAAAGUGUCGCGUAACGCACUCCAACAUCAAUUAACGGAUAAGCAAGGGAAGAUCAGUCUCGCCGAACGACAACUUGAAGCAGCAUCAAACUUGUCGAAUGAGCUGCGGUCUUUGACCGAGGACAUCGAGGAGAAGCAGACUCGGCUGCAGAAAUCUCAGGCGGCGAUCAACGCCGCUAAAUACGACGAAAAUCUUGAGGAAAAGACCUCCAGCAUCAAAUCAUUAGAAGAAAAGCGUGACGCUCUCAAUUCAGAGUUCAAACUCCUCAACCUGCAGGCCGAGGCUCGCGCCAAGUUAGAUCAUCAGCGCAACGAAGUCAAAUCUAAAUCUCUUGAGAUCUCAUCGACCCUUUCGACGGCAAAGCCCUCAUUCCGGCGACUCGUCGGGGCUGAUCCACAAGAAGACACUUUCGAACGUGAAGUCGACCGAGUUCAACUGUGCGUUAUCUCGUCUGCGGCACCGCCCAAAAUGACCAAGUCGAACAGUGAGAGGGAGAAAGAACUGGCGGAAGUCGAGUCGGAGGCUUCGAAGGCCAAUGCGCGACUGCAGCAGAUUCAAAGCUCGCUCAGCAGCCUGAAGGAACAGCUCAAAUCAAAGAAGGACGAGCUCAAAGGUCUGGAUAAACAGAUCAAGAAUGGUCUUGAGCUUGAAGAACUGGACGAGGACUUUGAAACCGUUGACGACGCAAUCACUGCUCUUGCUAAUGAAGUGGAGAAUGGAAAGACCUCGGCGCAGGUCACGCAAGAGGGCAGCAAAGUCUACAAGGAAUUGCUGCGCACGGGAAAACAGAAGAAGGCUUGUUCUGCGUGCAACCGUCACCUCGACGAUCAUGAAUUGAUGGAGUUCGAGCGAGUGCUCCAAGCAAAGAUCACGAAAUACUCUUCAAGCAGCAAAGUUGUUCCUCAGGAAGAACAGGAUCAAUGGGAAGCCCUGCUGAAGCAAGUGCAAGCGCUUCAGCCCUUAGAGACCACGCGUGAUCGUCUCAAGACCGUGGAGAUUCCUGAGCUCGAGUCCAAGAUCCAGGAGCUCAACGCAGAGAUCCCGGGAGCCAGCUCUUCCUCCGAUUCAUUUUCGGAGAAGUUGGACGACUUGAAACGCGAUCUCCGAGAAGUUCAAAGGUUGAAGAUGCAGGGCGCCAAUAUCUCUCGCUUGCAAAAAGAUCUCAAAAGAGCGACUGAGAACGUGGCCACGUCGGAGCAGCAACUGUCUGCAACAGGCUCAACCAAAACAGCAGACGAGGUGCAAACCGAACUGGAUGAGCUGAUGGCAGUCAUCCGGAAAACUGAGAAGCAGAAAGAAGGUUUGCUCAAGGAACGAGAGACUAGAAUGUCGGCCACGCGAGUGUACGAAAACGAACUGCACACGAUGGAGAUACAGUCGGUGGACAUCAGGUCCAAGAUCCGCGAGAAGGAAAGCCUUGAGAUGAGUAUUCAGUCCAUGAAGGAGGAGUGCCAGGCCCAUGCUGUUGGAGUCAAGGAGCAGGAUGAGAAGAUUUUGGAGCUUCAGGCUCCAAUUGAUGCUCUUUCUAAUGAGCACCUGCGGUCUCAACGAGAGUUAGAUGCGGAUAUUGUCGGUGCAGAAACAGCUUAUUCUGAGCUGGCGCAGAGAGUGGACCAACUGAACGGGAUUAACAAGAACAUCGAAUUAUAUGUUCGCAACAAACGCGAUCAACGACGACAAGAAUGCAUCGAAAAGUCGGAAGAGGUUGCAACGGAAAUUCGAGAGUUGGAAACAAAUCUGGAAGCCGCACGCGAAACCGUCAAAGGCAUCGAGAAGGAGAUCAACGCUCGGGGUUCGGCCAUGGCCACUGUCCGAGAGAACUUGCGUGUUCGUCGGCUGAUCAAGGAGAUCAAGACUAUCCAGGAGAACAUCGACAAGGAGGACAUCGCUGCUGCAGCCAAGGCCAAGCGCAACUUCACCGAAAAGUUCGCUAUCUACAAGGAUAAGGAAAACAGGCUGCAGACCGAAUACGCGCAUAUGGCCGGAGAGCUGAGUUCGAGCAGGAACCAGCUGAAGCAGCAGGAGUUGGAUCUCAAGGAGUUCAAGGAUGUAAACAAGAACUACAAGGACCAGUUGAUCAAAGUCAAGAUGUCUGACAUGGCCAACAACGAUCUUGAGAAAUAUGCGAAAGCUCUGGACAACGCGAUCAUGAAAUACCACAGUCUCAAGAUGGAGGAAGUGAAUGACAUCAUAAAAUACCUCUGGAAUAAGACGUACCAAGGAAGCGACAUCGACACUAUUCGUAUCCGUUCCGAUGCCGAGGGCGGUGCUACUAAACGGUCAUACAAUUAUCGGGUGGUCAUGACCAAGGACCAAGUCGAGAUGGAUAUGCGAGGCCGCUGUUCUGCCGGUCAAAAGAUGCUAGCAUCCAUCAUCAUCCGAUUAGCGCUAUCCGACUCGUUUGGGCAGAACUGCGGCAUUCUGGCCCUGGAUGAGCCAACGAAUGCCUUGGAUGAGAAAAAUAUCGAGGCUCUGGCUUCCAGUUUGAUCAGCAUCAUUCAUGAGCGCAAGAGUCAUUCCAACUUCCAGCUCAUUGUUAUUACUCACGACGAAAAGUUCCUUGCGAAACUUUCUCAGAGUGGCGUCCUCGACUACUACUGGAAAAUGGAGCGAGACGAGCGCCAAAACUCGUACAUUACCAGGAAAUCUGUGAUAGAAUACCACUGAAGUCUUCCAUCCUUUUGCUUCAUCUCAUCCUAUGCAUACAUUCUGUACUACUCAUCUGCUCUCUCAUGUACUCAUAAUCACCAUUUGGCUCGAAACA